AACAAAAACAACAACAGCAACAGCAACAAGAACAGCGAGUUGACGACAAUUUCGAUUGUUGUUAAGGUUUUGCCAAAUAAUGGAACCAGAUCCCAAUGGGAUAAAGAUAGAGCCGACACUUGACCAUCAUCAUCAGCAGCAACAACAACAAUACGCAACGCAUGUGCUGGCAAUUAACGGUCCAAAUGCGCGGCUACUUAUCGAUCAUCAGUCAGCGCUGUUGGUACCAUUGUCGACCCAUCAGCACCAACAAUUACAAUUGCAGCAGCAGCAGCAACAGCAGCAGCAGCAACAGGUGCAGCAGCAACAGUUUCAGCAACAACAGCAGCAGCAUCAUCACUUGCAACAACAGCAGCAGCAACAACAACAGCAACAACAACAACAAUUUCAUCAACAACAAUUGCAAAUAACAUUACCCGCUUAUUCACAGCCUCUAUCGUUGAAGCAACAACCGCCACCAACACCCCUUGGCCCCUCCUCGAGUGUCAGCUCAAUAUCAGUUAGCACACAGCAACAACAACAGCAGCAGCAACAACAACAGCAGCAACAACAACAUCCGCAUUCGCAUCCGCAUCAUCAGCAGCGUUGGAACGAGAGUCCGGAGGCACGUCAACGCCGUUUGGCCCGCAAUGCUGAGAGGAUGCGGGAGAGAAGACAGCGAGAGAGCGAAGACGAGUACCGCAAGCGUUUGUUGCGUAAUGCGGAGGCGAAUCGCCAGCGUCGCCAAAACGAAUCCGAUAUUGAGAGAGCAAUGCGUUUGGUCCGCAAUGCGGCACGUCAACGUUUACGCCGUGCCAUGGAAUCACCGGAUCAGCGCUCCAAGCGUCUGUCCAAAUUGGCGGAACGCAUGCGCAUGUAUCGUGCAAGCGAGACGCCCGAUCAGCGCAAGAUCCGAUUGGCUGAGAUGGCGGCAAGGGCACGGCAGCGGAUUGCCAGCGAAUCGGCGGAUGAGCGCAAGGAAAGACUGAGAAAGCUGAACGAUUAUGCGAAAAAGGUCAGAGAAAAGAAAAAGAUAUACAAGCAGGUGCAGGUGCAAGUGCAGGUGCAUCAUGGCGUGCAACCGAAUUCGUCGUCGUCGUCUUCAUCGACCAAUUCGACAAAUUCCAAUUCACUUACCCAUCAGCAACAACAGCAACAGCAACAGCAGCAGCAGCAGCAGGUGCUUGCUGUCGCAUCAGCAGCUGCCGCUGCUGCCGCCGCAGCUGCAACCAAUUGCAAUAAUAAUGAGCAUAAUAUUAAUUUAAAUCAGGCAAACGUAUCAUCAACGUCAGCGCCUGCAACCAGCAGCAGCAACAGCAGCAACAACAACACAUCAUCAGUUGCCGCCGCAACGGCAACAGCAGCAGCAGCAGCCGCCGCAGCAGCAGCAGCUACAAGCGAUGAGCAGCAGCAACAUUUGGUGACAGCAGCAGCAGCAGCGGCUGCUGCCUAUCAACAACAUCAGGCUAUUGAAUAUAUGGGACAGAAUAUGUUUAUAACACCUGGUGGAUUGCGUCCAACGAUGCAACUCAAACAGGAGCCGCAACAACAGCAGACACAGCAGCAACAACAGCAGCAACAGCAGCAGCAACUUCAACAACAACAACAGCAGCAGCAACAACCACGCUAUUCAUUGGGUGCCCAACAGCUGAUCGAUGGUGUGGCAGGUGGCAGUGGUGCCGCUGAAGCUGGCAGCAUAUUUGUGCAACAAAUCUAUGGCGAGGAGCCGGGCAAAACUGGUAAAUUGCUGCAGGCACAUGUGCCGCACUUUAGCAUUGCCAAUCAGAUCGAGUUCUAUCAGCACAAAUACGCUAAGAAGCAGGAACUUCAGUCUGGCAACGAGACAAACGAUAACAGCGGGUCUGUUAGUCUGGCCCAGAAUGAGGCCAAGGUAAUUGUGGCCGCUGCUGAACAACAACAACAACAGAAGACGCUUAAAGGAGGCGUUGGAGGAGGAGGAGGAGGACAAGCGGUGACAACGACAACGACGCAACUGUAUAAUCAGUUUCCAUAUUUGACUACGUUUCCCGCAACCGCAAAUAGCACAACGGGCACGGGAACCGUAACCGUAACGGGCGGAGCGGGAAGUGGAGCGAAUAGCGGUGGAACUGGUUCGGCAACGGGAGCUGGAACGGGAACGGCAACAACCGCCUAUUAUCCCAUGUAUCAUAAUGGCUUCCAGUUGGGCAUUGGUCCCAAUGCGGUGCCGCCUCCCUUUACGCCAGUGCACUUUGCCAAUGCCAGCGGAGGCAGCAGUCCGACAGCGCCGGGACAGUAUAAUAUAUUAACCGCAUCUGCGGGUGCGAAUCCCACAUUGACCGUUGCGGGUCUGGGACAGGAGCAGCUACAACAACAACAGCAGCAACAACAACAGCAGCAGCAACAGCAGCAGCAGCAACAGCAGCAACUGGUUCAGGAGUUUCCGAAAAUGGGAAGAGGCAGACCGCGAAAGACUAGUCUCUUAACGGUACAUGACGAUCUAAAGGCGAACACAUUGCUGGAGCAGGAGCUUAAUCAAAUGCUGGCCGCUCCCCAUUUGACGACAUCCAGCGGUGGGGGGCGACGUGGGCGUGGUCAGUCCAUUGAGCAGGCUCACAUCCAUGCACAUUCCACGGCGGAUGGCGAUGGCGUUGUUGUGGUACAAGCGCCGCCAACGCCGCGACGCAGUGGCGCCAACAAAUACGAAACGGAGGAGGAGAAGCGACUGCGACUGGACAAAAUGGCCGCCCAUCAGCGAACGGUGCGCGCCAAUGAAUCGCCGGAACAGCGUACAGUCCGCCUGCAAAAGCUGAGCGAACGGGCGCGUCUAAAGCGCGCUCAAAUCCGUGCCACCGAGAAUAUCGAGGAGCGCAAGGAGCGUCUAUCCAAGCAGGCCGAAUAUGCGCGACUGCGACGCAUGCGCAGCCAUACGCCGCGCAACAGCAGCAGCGCCAGUGCCGAAUUCCAUGCCAAAACUGAGGAUGACACUGACACAACUGAACAGUUGUACGAUAACGAUAAUGACAACGAUAACGAUACCGAUAAUGGUGAUAGUUUUGUUGUCAAAAGCGAUUCGCAACUGGAUGGCGAUGCUUCCAAUGAUCAACAGUUGGCGGCCCUGCAACUGCAACAGCAUGAACUCCAGCAAAUGACAAGCACCCUACAACAACAACAACAGCAACAACAACAACAGCCACAUCACGAGACAAUUGUCAUCAAUCAGCAGCAACAGCAGCGACUGGUCACACUAAGUCAGCAUCAGCAGGGCUACAGCAAACUGCAAACAUCGUCGGCGGCGGUUGGUGGUGGUGCGGGAGGUGGGGCAGCCAGUGGAACUGCUGAGAAUAACGAUAUGCUAAAGAUACUCGAGCCGAUAAUUGUCAUGAAAACCAAAUGAGUAUCGCGAAAGCGUCACAAUUAGCCCAUAAAUAGCUAGGAAGCAAAAUGAGAACACACACGCACACACACACGUGCAUACGCAUGUGUAUGUGAGUACAUGUGUAUUUUUGGGCCAUUGUUGGCGCUAUUGCUCCCGCUCUCGCCCUCGCGUCUCCUAAAUUCCAACUCCACCCACCACCCACCAGCCUCGUGCUCUUCGUGUCAAUGUGGACAUUUUUAUUGUAGAAAGUAUAUCAUCUAUCCCCCUUGGGUAUUGAAGCGUUUGUACAAAGAAUAACUUGCAAAAAUAUAUCCUUAAGGCUCGCGUUCUACUGGCCUUUUGCCAUUAUAAUUCUGAAUUACACAUACAUAUGUAUGUAUGUACAUAGAUAUAUGCACAUAUGUAAAUCCGUGUAUGUAUGUAUGUAUGUACAUGUAUGUAUAUUUUGUGCGGUUUGUAACAUUUUUUUUUUUUUAAUUAGAAUCGUCUUAAAACAAAUCGACUUAACUGUUUAACUUUAACGAGUACUUUAAGGAUACGUUAGUGCAAUAGUAAUAGAGAGAAAGAGAGUGCAAUACUGCAAAACAAAAGCAUAAAAAGCAAACAUGUAAAAAGAAUUGAACAUAAAGGGAAAACAAAAAUGUCAUCAUAUACCGUUAUAUACAUGCAUAUAUGUAUGUGUAUGUAUAUGCGCCAAUAUGUUCGCCACCCAAUCAAUCCAGGACAGUGUGAGAAAACGAAACGCACCGACACACACACACACACAUGCACUAUACGUAUACAUUAAUUUUGCAGCUAAAAAAAGAAAAACGAAGAUAACAAUUUAAUGUAUUGCAUAUAAAAUAGGUAUAGAAAUUGUAAUCUUUUUAAAAAGUUUUGAAAGUGUAACGGUAAUCGAAUCGUUUACCGAUUACCGAUAACCUUUUAUGUAAUGUAAUAAGCAAAGAAAGUGAACAACUAAGCCUACAUUCAUAAUUUGUAGCCCAUAAACCGAGCACUAAGUAGAAAGUACGUAUUAAUUUUUUAAAGUAGCAAAACAUACAAAUAAAUCUAAUGAGCAAUAAGAA